GACGACCUGUUAGCGGGGCGGUCAGUGGUCAGUCUAGGGAGUGGGCAUUGCGGCCAGUGGUCUAUGGGAGGAUAGACGGCUGACGUAAUGGGUACUCAUGCCAGACGGUACUCGUUGGUCGAGCAGAAGAAGAUGCAAUGGGCCAAGGAAAGAGAAGAGAUGAGUGGCAACUGGUUUUGGGGAGGUUUCUCUAACCGGCAGUAUGAUGACUACAGGCCUUCAAUCAGAACUCGAUUUGUAUCUUCUUACGAGUUGAGGAGAGCCGAGGUCAGCUGUGACAACUCAGUCGCUAUUGAGGACAAGUUUGGUCGCAGAAGAAGUCCAAGUCUUCCGCCAAUCUACAAGCACAACUAUCAGGAAGAAACAGGGUACGAAGGAGAGGAGGGGGAAACAUCAGGCUACGCUAGUGACUCCGGGGAGAGGCAGGAAUACCAACCUACGUGGAACAACUCACAAAAACCUUCCAGUCGUCUGCCAAGUGGUUGGCACUCCUCAAACUGUGUGAAUACUCCAGACUCGUUGAACUCGGAAGGAGGUCGUCCGCGGUGGGGAGACAAGGGAGUAGGGGUAGGACACUUGUGGGACGCCAGCCUACACAAUCCUGAUGCCAGGCUACCCUCUGUGACUGACAGGCCAGGACCCACCCCUCCAGCUUGGCUGUGUAGAGCAACCAACAACACUGUCAGUGAGGUGCUCGUGAUCACUCACCCAGAGUCAUCCUCACCUGUCACGGAAAUCGGAAGCUGUGAUACGAUCAGCAACAGUGAUAGGACAUACUUAAGGGGUCAAAAUAUCUCUAUCGAACCUGAAGAGCUUUUAGAAAGGGAGCGGAAAAGGCAGAAAGCUAAGGAGCUUCAAAAUGCCAUUCGGCUGCAGUUAGAAGAAAGAGACAAAAAGCGCAAGGAAGAAAGAGAACGCCGCCAGAAAGAAGAAAGACUUGAAGAGGAAAGAUUUAGAAAACAGCAAGAAAUUGAAAGAAAAAGACUUGAAGAGGAACAUCAAAAACAGCGUGAGAAAGAGAUCAAGGAAGAACAAAAAGAGAAAGCAAUGAAAGAAGCUUUGGAGAGAGCAGAACGUCUUGCUAAGGAAGAAAAAAUAAAAACAAGAAAAAAGCAUAAACUUGAAACUGAUGAUGCACCGUUACCAGUUUACCAAGAGAAAACCAUCAUCCCUAGUGUAACAGGUUCAGAAUUGAAAAUAGCUAGAGUAGAGGUGGAGCCAGUAACAGUGGAUCUGCAAAGACAACCCACAGAACAAGUAAAUGUUAUUAAGAAGGAGGAAAAAGAAAGUUAUAACCAUACCAAAGAGCCGGAAAAAGAACAGAAACCAAUUGAAGAACAUACAACAAGAAACGUCUCCCAGCUCCCACCUUCUGAGGCGGUCCCGCGAACACCAGUCGGGAAGAGGGAAGAGCCUCCACGUGAAGCUAUAGAGUCGUCGGAUGAGCCAGACUCCCCCGAUGAGACGCAGUUACGAGGACCAGAGGUUGCGUUGGUACUGAGUGAACCGCAGGAGGUCCAGGUCAAUCAACUCAGUCUGGUAGUGUCUCCCGGCCGCCUCCUCACUCCGACAAAGUUCCGCACAAACCACCACUACGAGAAAGGAACACAGACUCAAGUAACCAAGUCGGAGAGCAAAGCUGCUUUGAGGUCUAGGUCUCAACAGCGACUGGGAGAGAGGCCUAAAUGGGGAGUGAAUCGGCCGGACACUCAGUACAUCAAACAGAGUGAGAGAGAUCCGUACUACCAAACUAGGCUGCGACGCAACACACGGGGCAGGACAAAGACCACCAAAACUGAACGGGAGGAUAGCAGGUCUCCUUCCCCGAUUAAUAUGAAAAUACAAGGAAGUCAAGCACCUGUUACUACAGUGACCAGGGGUACCAUAACACCAAGAGUGAUGCAGAUGGUGUUGCCAACCUAUAGUUCAAUUAGACCUAAAUACCUCUCUUUCAAAGGUGGAGUGGCUGCAGUGGUAGCUAGCAACAGCUUGAGACACCGAGUGGACGCUCCACCACACACAGACACACAAACGCACACAAACACAGACAUGGCUCUGGUACAGGAUGUUCUGGACCAGCUGUCUUCUCUUAGACAGGGCCUCACCAUGAAACAGAAGGAGUGGGAUAUAUCAAGAAGUCAGACUCCAUUUUCAGAAGCCUCAAAUCUCUCUACUUCGGUAUAAUGAAAUAGGGGUUGAUAUGUACAUAAUGCAUAUACUU